GCGCAAGACGCGCGCGGAGUCCGGAGCUGCGGAGCCCCAGCGGCGGCCACCAUGUGCGGGAUUUUUGCCUACAUGAACUACAGGGUCCCCCGGACGAGGAAGGAGAUUUUUGAAACCCUCAUCAAGGGCCUGCAGCGGCUGGAGUACAGAGGCUACGACUCGGCAGGCGUGGCGAUUGAUGGAAAUAAUAAUGAAGUCAAAGAAAGACAUAUCCAGCUAGUCAAGAAAAGGGGGAAAGUCAAGGCUCUCGAUGAAGAACUUUACAAACAAGACAGCAUGGACCUGAAGGUGGAGUUCGAGACCCACUUCGGCAUUGCCCACACGCGCUGGGCCACCCACGGGGUGCCCAGCGCCGUCAACAGCCACCCGCAGCGCUCGGACAAAGGCAACGAAUUUGUGGUCAUCCAUAAUGGCAUCAUCACAAAUUACAAAGAUCUCAGGCAGUUUCUGGAGAGCAAAGGCUACGAGUUCGAGUCAGAAACAGACACGGAGACCAUCGCGAAGCUGAUCAAAUACGUGUUCGACAACCGGGAAACCGAGGACAUUAGAUUUUCAACUCUGGUCGAAAGGGUCAUUCAGCAGCUGGAAGGUGCCUUCGCGUUGGUUUUCAAAAGCAUCCACUACCCCGGAGAAGCCGUCGCCACGAGGAGAGGAAGCCCACUGCUGAUCGGAGUGCGCAGUAAAUACAAACUCUCCACGGAGCAGAUCCCGAUCCUGUACCGGACGUGCAAUAUCGAGAACGCGAAGCACAUCUGUAAAACGAGGAAGGACAGCUCCACCUGCCUUCACGCCGUGGGCGACAAAGCCGUGGAAUUCUUCUUUGCUUCUGAUGCAAGCGCCAUCAUAGAGCACACCAACCGGGUCAUCUUCCUCGAGGAUGACGACAUCGCAGCCGUGGCCGAUGGGAAGCUCUCCAUUCACCGGGUCAAGCGUUCGGCUACUGAUGACGCAUCUCGAGCCAUCCAGACCUUAAAGAUGGAAUUGCAGCAAAUCAUGAAAGGUAACUUCAGCGCGUUUAUGCAGAAGGAGAUCUUUGAGCAGCCGGAAUCGGUCUUCAACACCAUGAGGGGCCGGGUGAAUUUUGAGACCAACACAGUGCUCCUGGGCGGCCUGAAGGACCACUUAAAGGAGAUCCGCCGGUGCCGGCGCCUCAUCGUGAUCGGCUGUGGGACCAGCUACCACGCGGCCGUGGCCACGCGGCAAGUUUUGGAGGAACUGACCGAGCUCCCCGUGAUGGUUGAACUUGCCAGUGAUUUUCUGGACAGGAACACGCCCGUGUUCAGGGACGACGUGUGCUUUUUCAUAAGUCAGUCAGGCGAGACGGCGGACACGCUCCUGGCGCUGCGCUACUGCAGGGGCCGCCGCGCGCUCACCGUCGGCGUCACCAACACCGUGGGCAGCUCCAUCUCCCGGGAGACGGACUGCGGCGUCCACAUCAACGCGGGCCCGGAAAUCGGCGUGGCCAGCACCAAGGCGUACACCAGCCAGUUCAUCUCCCUCGUCAUGUUCGGCUUGAUGAUGUCCGAGGACCGGAUUUCGUUACAAAACAGGAGGCAGGAGAUCAUCCGCGGCCUGAGGUCUCUGCCUGAGCUGAUCAAGGAGGUGUUGUCGCUGGACGGGAGGAUCCACGACCUGGCCCUGGAGCUGCACACGCAGCGGUCGCUCCUGGUGAUGGGGCGCGGCUACAACUACGCCACGUGUCUGGAAGGAGCCCUGAAAAUCAAGGAAAUCACGUACAUGCACUCCGAAGGCAUUCUGGCUGGGGAGCUGAAGCACGGGCCCCUGGCGCUGAUUGACAAGCAGAUGCCGGUUAUCAUGGUCAUCAUGAAGGACCCUUGCUUUGCCAAAUGCCAGAACGCUCUGCAGCAGGUCACAGCCCGCCAGGGUCGCCCCAUUAUACUGUGCUCCAAGGACGACACCGAAAGUUCCAAGUUUGCGUAUAAAACGAUCGAGCUGCCCCCGACCGUGGACUGCCUCCAGGGCAUCCUGAGUGUGAUUCCCCUGCAGCUCCUCUCCUUCCACCUGGCUGUUCUCCGAGGAUACGACGUUGACUUCCCGAGAAAUCUGGCCAAGUCCGUGACCGUGGAAUGAGAAGCAGAGUGCAGACUGCCACGUCUCAUCCGUACGAUGGCGUGACGCCGAGCGGGAAGGAGUGGGGCCUGCGGCGGGUUCUGAGUGUGACGCACCAGUAGAGCUUGGCAGCUUCGACGUGCCUUGUACCCAAGUGCUUUUGCUUCCAGCGAGUCCUGUUUCUGUGUCCUGAGGUCACCAGAGGAGAAGGGAAUCCUUCUUUGCAUGGAGGGAUCAGAGCAGACGUUCCCCUGCUGUGUAAUAGAUAACGGCUCUCUUCAGAGGAACUGUGAACCUUUUUUUUAAACCAACACUAGUUUUAAAAGACAAAAUAUUUAUGACAAUUGUAUAGCUUUUUAAGUUAUUUUUUUUAACGUGUGGCUUGCUGGAGCCGUGGUGAUGCCCAGAUCGUGUGUACCGGCUACCAGACGCCUGGAGGAGGGCACUCAUCUCACAUCUGAGCACCAGACUUUGACCUUCUGGACUCGCUUCUCCUUUCCCUUCCUCUCCAGGCUGUUCCUGAGUUCCAGCCUCUGACAUCACCAAGUCUCUCCAGCCAUCCUUCUGUGCCUCCUACUAAGUCCUAUUGAAAUCUCAGCUUCCUUCGAUAUUUUCUCCUCUUCUCUGGCCAAAGUCCCCCAGCUCGCCAACUUCUUCAUCUGAUCAUGGCUCUUUUGAAGCCCAAGCAGCAUUUUGCUCCCUGCCCCUGCCCACCGUAAAACAGCUUGAAAUAUUCCAGGUGAGAGAAUAGUUUCAAAUGGACUGCCUUGCUCUCUCCACUUAAAAGCAUGCACAAUCAAAGCACUAUGCAAUUUAAAGACAAUAAAGACCAGAACGAUUUUUUCGUCUCA